AUUCUUGACAAGUCUAUGGAUGCAUUAGGAUUGUGAAUUUUUUGUUUGAGAAUGGCUAUUUUAACAGACAUUUUAAAUGAUUUUACUAGUAAUAUUGAUCCAAAACAUGAAGACUAUGUCGUUUCAUCUCCAGACUUUUUCUGUUCAUUUGUCCUCUUUUAUGUUUUUUCUAUUAGAGUACUUGGACCAAAACUAAUGCAACAUAGACAGCCGUAUAAUAUUAAAAAUCUUGUUAUUGGCUACAACGUAAUCCAGAUUUUAGUAAACAUUUAUAUUGUUUAUGAAUGUAUAUAUGUGUAUUUUACAAAUCCAAAUUGGAUAUGUAUAGAUGCGAGACCCAAACAAGAUUUUGCAAAUGUAUGCAAACACUACUACUUUCUUAAACUAUUUGACAUUGUUGAAACAAUGUUCUUUAUAUUACGAAAAAGCUAUAGACAAGCAAGUUUUCUUCACCUCUACCAUCAUUCGGCUAUAUGCUUGGCUGCUUUCCUAAAUUUUAGAUACGAUUACGGAGAUACUACAUUAAUAGUAGGACUUUUAAAUUGCGCUACACAUGUUCUUAUGUACAUAUACUAUUUAUUGACUGCUAUAGAUUCCAAAUGGAGAGAUAAUGUCACAAUAAAGAAGGUUUUAACGUCAAUACAGAUUAUACAACUAAACAUGAUGUGGAUUUAUUUCGGACUAACAAAACUUACUCCAGGCUGCAAAACGAUGCCGAGAUAUGUUUUAUAUAUGUGGAUUGCACAAAAUCUUUUUAUGGUCAGUUUAUUCUUAAAAUUUUACUUUAAAACAUAUGUAAAGAAGGAGGUAAGUGUUAGUAAAGAAGAAUAAUUGUUUCUGAAAAAUAUAGUUU